AUGGAGUCGCUCGACGAGCCUCCGUCCGCUCGGAGCGUGGACUCGUUAAAGGAGCGCCACGAGUUUCAUAGCAAACACCAGGAUGGUGCAGACAGUGAGGCAGAAAGAGUGACCAGGAGAGCUCCAUGGAAUGCGGCAGGCAAGAACAUGGCACGCCCCCCACUUAAGCGCUUUGUUAGCUCUGCGGCCUGGGUUGACACCGAGGAGCCCUCUGGCGUGAUGAAGGGGACGGCGCGCCACACCUCGGACCCCCAGUGUGGCGAGGAGCCGGAGGAGCCGGUGGCGGAGAAGAGGAGGUCCAGCCUCAGCGAGCUGGGCAGCAGACUGACCUCCUUCAUUCUGCCGCUCAAGACGAGUGAGGAGGAACUCUUUGUCAUGCUUCCCAGCUCUUCCUCCAGCCCGGCGUCUUCAGACCCAGCCAUAUGCCCGUCUCUGCCCCAGUCCUUGACUUCCUCCCGGGUGGCGACGUCGGCACGGGGCAACCGGGGGCUCUGGCUGUGGUUGGCCAUGGUGCUGGUUCUCGCAGGUCUGGUGGCGCUGUUGGCCAGCCUGGUGAUGCAGCCCGCGGUGGACGCGGCCCCUGUGGGCACCGGGGACUCCUGGAUGACCAUCCAGCAGCUCCUGUGGCCUUACGCCGGCCUGCGGCACAACGGCCAGCCCCCAGUCUAGUCCCGCCUGUGGACCGGGUGCUGCAAGCCUGGUGGGACCCAAACUGCUUGUGGGCGUGGCUAACGCGGAUGGGAGGUUCUUGUUGUCACAAACUAGUUUGUGUGUACGGCAAGCAGCUGAGGACAUUUUGUAGUUGCCCAACAUCCUUCACAUCAUCAUGCAGUCGUCCUUCAAACUCUAAAUUUAGACUUUUAUUUUGGCGCCACACCAUGGCUUUUUAAACCCAAGUCCUUUUUAUAUCACUUUUUAAGUUAAUAAUAAAAUAUUUUAAAAGAGUGUUUAAUGUAUAUUUAUGACUUUUGGAGUGGGUGACAUGUACAUUUAGAUUUGAACCACCAAAGGUUGUGUUUUGCUGUGAUGGUCACACUUUUGUAAUAUUUCCAAGAAGAUGAUUUGCAUUAAUAAACUAGCCAAUUCUGCAA